AUGACUGUAACUCUGUACGCAGGCAGUAAGUCGAUGCGAGUCUUAGCGUUCUUCGAUGAAGGCUCUUCGGGAACACUUAUCGAGGACUCGAUCAUCAAGAAGCUAGCAAUCGAUGGUGAGCCAGAACCGCUGAUCGUGACCUGGACAGGAAACAUCAAGAGGUAUGAGAAUUCUUCCAAACGAGUAAGCAUGAUGAUUUCUUCUUGUAACUCGGAUGAGAAAUUUUUGCUAGAAGACGCUCGCACAGUCGCUGAGUUGGUUUUGCCCCGACAAGGUGUUAAGAGCGAGGAAAUAAAAAGGCAAUUUAAAUAUUUAGAAAUAGUCCCGAUAUCUGAUUAUUCCCCUAGUGAACCAAAGUUAAUGAUUGGUCUCAAUAAUUUACACCUUUUUGCACCAAUCGAAUCACGCAUCGGUCAACAAGGCGAACCGAUUUGCGUACGAUCCAAGCUGGGGUGGUCUGUAUACGGACCGAGAAAUCCGACCACUAACGUUAUGGUAAAUAUUCACACGAUGCAACCAAUGAGUAAUGAACAGUUACAUGACGCGAUGCGGAACCAAUACUUUGUGGAAGAACCCGCACCAACAGCAGGGUUACCAGAGUCGGAUGAGAAUCGAAGGGCGAGAGAGCUGAUGCAGGCAACGACGGUUCGCGUGGGAGACUGUUUCGAAACUGGUCUCUUAUGGCGUGAUGACGGACCACAUAAUUUUCCUGAUUCCUACUCCAUGGCUAUGCGACGCCUGACGUCGCUCGAAAGAAAAUUGAAUAAGGAUCCAGCUCUAAAAAGAAAAGUUGAUCAGCAAAUUGAAGAGUACCAGUUGAAGAAUUACGCUCAUAAGGCAGCACCAAAUGAGCUUUUGGAAGCAGAAAUAACAUCGACAUGGUACUUGCCACUGAAUGUAGUGCUAAAUCCUCGCAAGCCUGGCAAGGUACGACUCGUGUGGGAUGCGGCGGCAGCUGUAAACGGCACGUCGCUGAAUUCCAAAUUAUUAAAAGGGCCAGAUUUGUUAGCCUCUCUCCCAGCGGUAAUUCAGCGUUUUCGCCAGAAGCCUAUCGGAUUCGGCGGAGAUAUCAAAGAGAUGUAUCAUCAGAUCAGAAUAAGAUCUGAUGAUAAACAAGCUCAGAGGUUUCUAUAUCGUUUUAACCAAGCUGAACCUCCUACAGUAUACAUCAUGGAUGUUGCGACGUUUGGGUCGACGUGCUCACCCAGUUCGGCGCAGUUUAUCAAAAACUUGAAUGCGUCGGAGUUUGCAACCGAAUACCCGGACGCAGUGAAGGCGAUCGUCGAGAACCACUAUGUCGAAGACUAUUUCGAUAGUGUCGACUCUACCGAAGAAGCCGUUCAGCGAGCCCGAGAAGUGAGAAUGAUUCACUUGCGAGGAGGUUUCCAGAUUAGGAAUUGGGUUUCCAAUUCUCAGCUGUUUUUGGAAAAUAUAGGCGAAACGUCCACGAACGACAGCGUUCCUUUUCGUGAAAAUAAGAACACAGAUACUGAGCGUGUUCUUGGAAUCAGCUGGGAUCCCAAAGCGGAUUUUUUCUAUUUUUCUACAACACCUCGUUUUGGAUAUGAAGCAGUGCUUUCGGGAGUUGAAAGGCCAUCGAAAAGGAGUGUCCUCAGUUGUGUCAUGGCUAUGUUUGACCCACUGGGAUUGCUUGCUAUCUUCACUGUGCAUGGAAAAAUUAUUAUGCAGGAUCUCUGGAGGACUGGCUGCGGAUGGGAUGAUCCAAUCGAUGACGAGUCGUUUGAAAAGUGGAAACGAUGGACCGAACUACUGCCAGCAGUAGGACAGGUGCGAAUCCAGAGGAGUUAUUUCGGAUCAGCACUCUCGAAGCAGAUUGAAAAUUUACAACUUCACGUUUUUACUGAUGCGAGUGAACAAGCUUACGGUUGUGUAGCAUAUUUUCGGGCAGUAGUAGAGGGUGAGGUGCAUUGUUCUUUGGUAAUGAGUAGGAGCAAAGUAGCCCCAUUGGCGUUAUUGAGUAUUCCGAGAUUAGAGCUAGAAGCUGCAGUGCUGGGAGCUCGAAUGAUACACACUGUUCGGAAUAAUCACAGUAUAGAAAUACCUCAAGCCUUUGUCUGGACCGAUUCCCAGACUGUUUUAUCCUGGAUCCGAUCGGACCAUCGCCGCUAUAAACAGUUUGUUGGUUUCCGGAUUGGUGAGAUUUUAAAGUUGACUUCACCGUCGGAUUGGAGAUGGGUUCCGACGAAGUUAAAUGAAGCAGAUAGAUUGACGAAAUGGCGUAGUGAUCCUGGGCUCCACUCCAAUAGUGCUUGGUUCAAGGGGCCAGAAAUUUUGUAUCGAGCGGAACAUCUCUGGCCGGCGCAGCAUAAUCAGAACGACAUACCAACAAGCGCAGAUGAUGAGUUACGGGCACAAUUUUUAUUCCACGACGUGUUCAUAUCUCAGGCUUUAAUUGAUGUUCAGCGGUUUUCGAAAUGGAACAUACUUGUUCGAACUGUGGCGGUUGUACAUCGUUUCAUUUCAAAUUGCCGAAAAAAGGUCAAAGGAAUGCCAAUCAAAACUUUGAAAGCUACAGAGCGCCAAGAAAAAUUGUUAAAACCGCUAUCCUGUACGGUGAAACGGGUUCCCUUGAAGCAAGAAGAAUUUCAAGCAGCUGAAACUUAUCUAUUCCGAAUGGCGCAAGCUGAUAUCUAUGCAGAUGAAUUGAAGAUUCUGAAGAAAAAUCAAGAUCGGCCUGCCAAUCAAUGGAUCAAAUUCGAAAAAUCCAGUCCAUUGUACAAAUUAACUCCUUUAAUCGAUGAUAAUGGUAUUAUACGUAUGGAAGGACGUACGGAGCGCGCCAGUUUUCUACCGUUUGAUCUGCGCUUUCCAAUCAUUCUUCCAAAGCAACACCCAGUAACGACGAAAAUAGUCCAUCACUAUCACGACAAGUUCGGACAUGGAAAUAGAGAGACGGUUAAAAACGAAUUGAAGCAGAGAUUUGCCAUCACGAGUAUUGGUGUAGUGGUUAAGAAAGCAGCAUCUUCGUGUCAAUGGUGUAAGGUUCGCCGAUGCAAGCCGAACGUCCCUCGAAUGGCAGCUUUACCAGUUCAGCGUUUGAUUCCAUACCAUCGCCCGUUCAGCUACACUGGGAUCGAUUAUCUGGGUACGAUCGAGGUAACCGUUGGUCGUCGUCGUGAAAAGCGAUGGGUCGUAGUCUUCACUUGUUUUGUGACCCGAGCAAUUCACCUAGAAGUGUCGCAUAAUCUGACAACGCAGUCCUGUUUAAUGGCAAUCCGCCGUUUCACUUGUCGACGUGGUCCACCGUUGGAAUUUUUUUCCGACAAUGGGACAAAUUUGAAAGCAGCAAGCAAAGUGGUUACAGCACAAAUUCGCAGCAUAGAUGAAGAUUGUGCAGAAGAGUUAACGACGGCCCAAACUAAGUGGAAUUUCAACCCUCCCGCAGCUCCUCACAUGGGGGGAGUGUGGGAGAGGUUAGUUAGGUCAGUAAAGGAUGCGAUGUUUGUUUUCGAGGAUGGUAAGCGACUUACAGAUGAGAUCUUGCAUACAACAAUUGUCGAAGCGGAAGAUGUUAUCAAUUCGCGCCCGUUAGUAUGUGCUUCAUCGGAAAUAACAAGUGGAGAAAUGCUUACACCUAAUCACUUUAUUCGGGGUGUUACUCAAAAUGAUUCUAAACUCGCGAUUCCUCCUCCACAUUCUGCCGAGGCUUUGAGAGAUACUUUCAAGCGUUCACAACAGUUGCUGCAAAAUCUAUGGGCUCGAUGGAUUAAGGAAUAUGUUCCUUCAUUGAACCAAAGGACCAAGUGGUUUGGUGAAGCUGUACCGCUCCAGAAAGGAGAUCUCGUCUUUGUAGUUGAUGGUGGCAAGAGGAAGGCUUGGGUGCGUGGAGUAGUUGAGGAACCGAUUACAUCUAGCGACGGAAGAAUUCGACAGGCGUGGGUGCGAACGAACAGUGGCAGAGUGCGACGUGCCACGGCGCAAUUAGCGGUGGUCGAAAUUGAUGAAGGUAAUGCUGAACCGGAAGUAGCUUCCGGACCAGAAUUACGGGUCGGGGGUAUGUUACGAUCAACACCGCUGGGCUCGACGGACGGCCCUGUCGAAAAGAUAAAAUGUCAGCUGAAUUUCACGAACGUCAUGAGAGAGGAAAAGCAGUAA